AUGUCAAUCGAAUGUCAGACUUAAAUUUUAGCGGUUAAAAUCGUUAAAAGUUUUGAUUGAAAUAUAUAUUACAUGCCUAUUUUAAUACUGCUUUAAAAUGUAAAAAUGAUUUCGGCCUCAGUAUAAAAAUUAUAUUAUAUUAAAGGAACAUGAAAGAAGAUCUGUGAACCAGAUCCGUGUCAUCUAGAAUCCGCUCUACGUUACGAAUAUUAUGGUGUGAUUGUUAUAAUUAGUAAAUAGGUCAAAAACUAACAGCGGCGAGCGGAGUCAAUGUCCAAUGCGAUUUGCGAUAAAACAAUAAAAGUCAUUCGUAUUAAGGCAAUGUUACAAGUGUGACGCGUGUUUUCGUCUUUGGAUUCCACAUACCAAAAAGGACUAGACGCAUAUACAAACGAAAGAUGGUCUGAAUGUAUAGUGCAAUUUGAAGAAUCAUUGCAUUUAUAUAAACUUUAUAAAACCGUCAUAAUCAAUUGUAGGUUAAAAUGUAAAAAUUACGCUAAAACAAGUAAUAUGAAUGAAAAUAUAGAAGAUCUAAAAAUAUACGAAUUAUUUAUCAAAACAAGACAAUGUCUGAUAAAUUGCAAACAAGAAGGCUUUGAAAAUAUUCACAUGUAUAGUAAUAUAUCUGAUGCAAUAGUUUUAAAUAUGCAAACUAGAAAACCAUAUGAAUACUUACACCUGUGUUACUUUCAAAUGUAUGCCCUUCCCAAAGCUGCAUCAGCAUCAUAUACUUUCCUGGUUGGUCAUCCUGAUGAUCCGGCAAUGAAGAAAAAUUUGGACUACUACACCCAGCAACCCGAAGUUGAUAUAAAUAAUGUAGUGGAUCUUGAGAGUGAAGACUAUCAAAUUUUAUAUAGAUUGGGCCUCAAAUCAUAUAAAUUUAAAAAAUGGGGUGAAACAAUAGCCAACAUGGAGGAAGCCUUAGUAGAUUACUUGGCCUGGGAAAAUAAAUGUCGGAUGGAAUGUGAACAGCAACCAGAACAAGCAUGGUCUCCUGAAGUUACGAUUGUGAUAUCAAAUUAUAUUGCAUCUCUUUUAACAUGUAAGCAAAGCUGUCAAGACCAAUUAAAACCCCUUUACAAUUCUGGAACAGAUUUUCUAGCUGAUCUGCUUAAUUACUUACAAAUAUCAUACUACCAUAUAGACAGACUAGAUGAAGUUGGCAAAGCAGUUGCUAGCUACUUAUCAUUACUGCCAGAAGAUGAGGAUAUGUUAGAAAACAAAAAAAUGUAUGAAACUCUCAUUAAUAAAAACGCUUUCCUUGAGAGAUCUGAUAUUAUUCAUUAUUUAAAAAGAGAUAAAUAUGAAAAACAGUUACUUGAAUUUUUUCACCAAGAUAAUAGUGAUAAACUUGAAUCUAAUUUGGUAUUUUAAUGUAAUGUAAACAUUGUUUUUUACUUCUUAAUAGCAACUAACAAAACUAAGGAACAAUUCAUGUGCCAUAUUUUUUUAAUGUUAUUCUAAAA